AUGCUUCCUCAAUCGGAUACGAUUGCUCCAUACUCAUCUUUCCUCGUUUUGGCCAUUGCAUUGAUAUCUAUAAUGAGAGGUUUGAGAGUUUUUGGAUUUGAAAUUGAGAAUUUCAAAAGAGAAUCUCAUGUAGGUCUCAAUUCUUGGAUGUACUUUUUAUCGAAGGAUUUGAUUUCAAUUUUUGUGAUUGCUGUCAUUUCUUUCAGUACUACAUUUGGCAUGUUAUCUGCAUUACCACAUACUAACUUUUUCAUUCUCUAUGCCAUUGUAUUUCUAACAAUUAUGGCUGGUUUUCCAAUUGGUUAUACAUUGUCAUUCUUCUUUGAUCCACAAAUAGCUCAAUUGGCAGCUGCCUUAGUAGUUGUAGUAUUUUACAGUUUUGGAGGAAAUAAUCCAACCAUUCCUGAAAUUGAAAAGCUUUCUCCAGUUCUUGCCUACAGUCACGUUAUCACCUAUUUUAGAUAUAUUAGAGGUUUAAUUUAUAUGGAAGAACUUAUUACAAGAAGAGAAGAUAACGACAUUGCAUCAGCUCUUAAGGUGAAUGGAUAUGAAAUUGAAGCAAUUUCAUUCUACUUUUAUGCUCUCUUCUUUUGGAUUGUAGUAUUCAGGUAUAUGGCAGUAUAUUGUAUGUGGGCUUGGAAACCACGUUCUCUGUUCAGUAAGAUUAAUUUCCUAUCAAGGAGAUUGAGGGCAGCAGCUUUAAAAAAAAUCAUUCGAAAAAUUUACAGAGGAUUUUGUUGCAUUGAGGAUUUUAGUACUGUAUCAAAGGCUAAUCGGAAGGAUGUCUGCAAAUUUGAGGCAAGUGCAAAACGUUAG